UGUCCUGAUGUCCCUCAGCUAUGCUGUGGAUGCCUCUGAUGUCACUGACCUGCAUGUUAUCAGUUACGAAGUAGAUCGGGACCUGAUCCCACUGAUUGUCUCCAACUGCCAGUAUCAGAUGGAGCAGGGUGGAGAGACCUUGCAGGAGUUCGACCUGGAGAAGAUGCAGCGACAGGUCACCAGCCGCUUCCUCCAGGGCAAGCCCAGGCUGACCCUCAAGGGAAUACCCACCCUGGUGUACAGGCGUGACUGGAACUACGAACAUCUCUUUAUGGGCAUCAAGAACAAGAUGGCACAGGAGUCCCUCCCCAACUCGGCCACCAGUGCCAUCAGUGGACAGCUGCAGUCCUACAGUGAUGCCUGUGAAGCUCUGUCUGUCAUAGAAGUCACUUUGGGGUUUCUGAGCACAGCUGGAGGGGAUCCCAACAUGUACUUGAAUGAGUAUAUCGAAGACGUCCUGCGAAUGGGCGACCAGACAACGGUUUUAAAGGCCUUCAGCAGGUGUCAGCUGCAACACGCCAUCGCCCUCUGGCAACUUCUCUCUGCUCACAAGUCUGAACAGCUGCUGCGACUGAAGAAAGAGCCAUUUGUGGAAAUCAGUUCAAGGUACAAAGCGGAUCUCAGCACAGAAAAUGCUAAGCUCCUCAGCACUUGCCUGAAUCAGAUCGGCUUAAACGCCUUCCUUCUGGAGCUUCAUGAAAUGAUGAUCCUGAAACUAAGGAACCCCCAAACCGANCGGCUUCCUUGUUGUGGAAUACCCACCCUGGUAUACAGACGUGACUGGAACUACGAACAUCUCUUUAUGGGCAUCAAGAACAAGAUGGCACAGGAGUCCCUCCCCAACUCGGCCACCAGUGCCAUCAGUGGACAGCUGCAGUCCUACAGUGAUGCCUGUGAAGCUCUGUCUGUCAUAGAAGUCACUUUGGGGUUUCUGAGCACAGCUGGAGGGGAUCCCAACAUGUACUUGAAUGAGUAUAUCGAAGACGUCCUGCGAAUGGGCGACCAGACAACGGUUUUAAAGGCCUUCAGCAGGUGUCAGCUGCAACACGCCAUCGCCCUCUGGCAACUUCUCUCUGCUCACAAGUCUGAACAGCUGCUGCGACUGAAGAAAGGAAUACCCACCCUGGUGUACAGGCGUGACUGGAACUACGAACAUCUCUUUAUGGGCAUCAAGAACAAGAUGGCACAGCGCCAGCCCCACUCAGGCACCCCAGUAAUGGAAGAGUUUGAGGGGAAGGCCCUAGCGGAUCUCUCCCUCUCCUCUCCUUUGCCAUGGGUGGAAGUGAAGGACCACAAGAAAGGCGGCUGA